CACCUCCUCUGUGACGAACAGGAAGUAGCAUUUGUUUCCUGCAUUUCUCACUCGAAGACACAAGGACAUUCUGAAAGACGUGACAGCAGUAAUCUUCCUAACUGAGGCAAGAGAGAAAAUUAAAUGUUGACUACUUCCUCUUCAACGUGCUACUGACCAAAAAAAACUGAACCAAAGUGAAAGUAACUGAGGGAACUUACAGUCGGUUACAACUGGGAGGAGAAACACAACCAACCGCCUUCGACAUUCUGCCUGCCUGCACUCCAUUUGAAGAGAAAAUGGCCUCCUGUUCAGAGAAGGAUCUCUCCUGUCCUGUCUGCACUGACAUCUUUAAUGACCCAGUUGUCCUCUCAUGUAGCCACAGCUUCUGUAAAGCCUGCGUGCAUACAUUUUGGAGGGAUAAAUCAGUUAAGGAAUGUCCGCUUUGUAAGAAAAUAUACGUGUUGAGUGAUCCACCUCGUAACCUGGCAUUAAAGAACCUGUGUGAAGACUUUUUACUGGAGAGAGAUCAGAGAGCUUCAGCAAAGUCUGAGGCUCUCUGCAGUCUGCACUCUGAGAAACUCAAACUCUUCUGUCUGGACCACCAGCAACCAGUGUGUGUCGUCUGCAGAGACUCUAAAACACACACCAACCACAGAUUCAGACCAACUGAUGAAGCUGCGCAGGAUUUUAAAAAGGAGCUUCAAGAAGCCCUGAAGCCUUUACAGGAGAAACUGAAGCUCUUUAAACAAAUCCAAAGAAAUUUUGAUCAAACAGCAAAACACAUUAAAUUCCAUUCCAGGCACACAGAGAGGCAGAUUAAGGAGCAGUUUAAGAAGCUUCACCAGUUUCUGCAAGAGGAAGAGGAGGCCAGGAUCACUGCUCUGAGGGAGGAAGAAAGGCACAAAAGUAGAGUGAUCAGGGAGAAGACUGAGGCUCUGAUCAGAGACAUAGCAGCUCUUUCAGACACAAUCAGAACCACAGAGGACGAGCUGAGAGCUGAAGACGUCUCAUUCCUACAGAACUACAAGGCAGCAGUGAAAAGAGUCCAGCAGCACCCCCUGCUGGAUGAUCCAGAGCUGGUGUCAGGAGCUCUGAUAGACGUGGCCAAACACCUGGGCAACCUGACCUUCAACAUCUGGAACAAGAUGAAGGAGGUGGUCUCCUACACUCCUGUGAUUCUGGAUCCAAACACUGCUCAUCCAGAACUCAUCCUGUCUGAAGAUCUGACCAGUGUGAGACAUGGAGGGACGCAGAAACUUCCUGAAAACCCUGAGAGGUUUGAUUUGUAUCGCAUUGUCCUGGGCUCAGAGGGUUUUGACUCGGGGACUCACAGCUGGGAUGUCGAGGUUGGAGACAAUACAGGCUGGGUCCUGGGAGUAGCAGCAGAGUCUGUCCAAAGAAAGGGAGACAUAAACUCUUCUUUGUGGCGAAUAGGUUUAUCUAAUGGUAAAUAUGCAGCAGUCUCCCCAUCAGAUCCCAACACUGUUCUCCAUGUGAAGAAGAAGCUCCAGAGGAUCAGAGUUCAUUUGGACUGGAACAGAGGAAAACUGUCAUUCUGUGAUCCUGAUACUAACACACUCAUACACACUUUCACACACACUUUCACAGAAAGGCUGUUUCCAUACUUUAGUAAUAAGACAAAAAAUCAACUGAAAAUAUUACCAUCAAAGCUUUCUGAAACAGCUUAGCCAGUGAUGACAAUGUAGCAAGAAUAUAACACAUUUUUUGAGUGGGAAUAUUGAACAAUUACAGGUUAUUUUAAGAUAUUUUGUUUUCUUUUCAAGACUUAACUGUGUAUUAUUUAAGUAUUAUACUUAACUACAAAAUGUUAGCAGCUCCUCCACUCUUUGUGUGUCAUGUUUUAUUGACUUUUGACUCUUUUUAGAGAGCUUUGGUUGGCUUAGGAAAUGUUGAUUAAUGCAAAUGUUACACUGAGCAAAAAUAAAUAAAUUUGACAUUUAAUAUGAUGACUAUAAUCUCAGACUGUUUUAAACACUUUCUGGGUUGUGAUUAUUAUACAGGCCUUAAAUAUACAGUCAGAGAACAAAGCAGUGCUAUGGCUUUUUAGCGUCUUAUUCAGGUAGCCAACGGAUCACUAUUGCUAGCUUUAGUCAGCCUAGCUAGCUAAAAUUAUUUUACAGGAUUGUCACUUCUUGCUCAAAGAUUAAAUUACCAUUUCAUUGUGAUUAAAAAAAAGUCAACAUUUGUAAUGACUUGUGAAUGGGCUGUUUUUGUUCACCUGAAAACACAUAUUGAGACAUACUGAGGAAAAUUAGCGAGUCAAGUUGAAUGGGUAAUCAUGACACCAAAGUGAAGUAACAUGAGAAGGCAUCUUUGAUACAGCACUAUAAAAUUGUGUCUGUUGACUUUAUGAAAAGUAAGUGCCUUAUAGUAACAUUAGCUCAGGAGUAAAUUCAAAUGUAUUCAAGGUUUGUGUUCAGAUUUGUAACUAAGUUUGCUAAGUAACUCUGAGUAAAUGUAACUGAACAUACUUCACCAACCUAAAUGUUAGCUAACAGACACCAAGUAGCCUACUUUUUCUUUGAGCAGGCUAAAAUUAGCCACAGCCACAAAAGUUAUAUUUAAUAUAGUUAUAAUAGCCACCCAGUAUAAUUAAUUUGGUGACACAAGUUGAUCAGCAAUUUUCCCCAACUAAAUACAUGAAAGUCACCAAGGUACAAUUACAACUAAGGUGAGGCUACUUUUCUGUUUUCUGUUACUGAAACAAAUGACCUGGCUAGAACUGACCCUAUAAAAAUGCACUUCCUGGUUUUCUUUGAUGCAUUUGCGACUUAGUAUUUAAAUUUCAAGACUCCACUUUGAAAGGUAAGUCCUAGUAUGUUUUACUCUCUGAACGUCUGGCUGUUUAAAGGAAACCACAACAGCACUGAGCAGAGUAUCUGGUAGCUGACUGUAACGAAUCCUUUAGAAGCCCAAAAUACCCAUAAGCAAAUCUGAGAAAUAGUCCCACUCUUUCAUUACUGAGGCUACUUGGUGUACAAUUUGCCAAAGUGCUGCUUCUAUUGUACCGCUGUCCUUGGUGAAUAAAAACCUACUAUA